CUAUAAGCUCUUGGUCAGAUAGGAGCAAUUAAAUCAGGAGGAACCUUGAUGGAUUCAGCAAAAUCCUGGCAUUGUCAGCAUCAGACAGAGGGAGAAGAAACUCAGAGAAGAAUUCAACUGCCCAUCGAGUGAUCUAAAGAAAUUUUGAUGUAUAAGCCCACUGAGUUCCUCCUAGAGCAGCCUGUGUCUUAGUUGAAUGAUUUCUUUCUUUGUUGGAUUCAUGUUAUUGAUGAAGAUCAAACAGCCAAAAUUUAAAAAGGCCUGUGGAGUUUUCUUCUCCUGUUACAAAACAAAAGAGGGGCCCUCUAGUCAUAUAUUUCAACUGAAAAAGCCUCUAUCACCACAUUUCCUGUUUGCAACUGAACCAAGUGCACACAAAGGAUUUUAAGAAACAGGCAUGAAAAAUUGAGUUUCAGAUGAAGAUCAGGCACAUUGCAUUGUUAUUUGUAGUGCUAGGGAGAAGUAUCAUUUAGCAGAAAGCUAUUUGUGGGCAUUUAUUUCUUUUAACUGCUUAUAUUUUACUUAUGGGGGUAAACAAAUCUGUCUGAGAAAACAAGGAUGUCAGGAAAUGAUCCAUGUCCCAUCUUUGUUUGGGGACUUUUAGCCUUCUUGGGUUUGUCACUCAUCAUGUCCUUAAUCUUCAAUGUUUCCUACUGGGUGGAAAAGCAGCGACAAGGUAAAACCUAUGAUUACACUGAUGACUACAUUCCAAGAGGAGAUGAGUAUUACAUUGAAGAUGCACCAAUUUAUGGCAAUGUUGAUAAUGUGCUUUCUGGACCUACAGAUGAAAGCUGCUAUGAACAAAUGAAAGCCCGGCCCGAGAGAGCCGUAAAUGAAAAGCAGGAGUGCUCCCCUACGCAGGCAGAAGCUGACACACACAUGUGCUAUGCCUCACUGGAUCACAGCAUCAAGGGGAAACGCAGAAAGCCGAAAUCUCACUUUUCACACAAGGAUGAAAAUGAGAAAUUACAUGCAGUGGAUACCAGACUACCUAAAAACAAUUCAGUUCCCAGUUUCAGAGAAGAAAGAGAUGUGUUGGAGGAGAACAUUCAUGAUGAUCCCAUUAGACUAUUUGGUUUGAUUCAUGCAAAGAAAGAACAGAUAAGUAUGCAAGACUAUGAUCCAGCUUAGUGAAUGGAUGAUUUUUGCAACAACAACACCCACGUCAUGUCAUGAUAUAACUUUAAAGCAAGGGAAUAACGUUGGAGAGUUACAUGUUGAUCAGCUGCUUACUAGAAGUUCAACUUACCUCUGCUUCAGACACCAAUUUGCCUCUCUGGCUGAUAUUAAUUUAAAAAAAAUCUGUAUUAACACAUGGCAUAAAUAUUGCUUAUAGUAAUGAAAUAAUGAAUAUGCAUAUUAAACAUGAUCAUUGAAUUGAA